AUGUGGACUAAUCUUGAAAAAAUUUUCCGGGACAACAAAUCAACCAAAGUCAUUCAGCUUGAUCGUGAACUUCGCAAUAUUACAUUGGGAAACUCCAACAUCACUAAUUAUUGCAACAAAAUCAAGUCUCUUGUUGAUCGCUUGGAACAUAUGGAUGCAAAAGAUCCUGAAACAAACCUGGUGACGUAUAUGUUGAAUGGUUUAUCCUCCAAAUUCAGGUAUGUCGCAAUAAACAUACAACAUCGUGACCUUCUUCCUUCUUUUUGGGAUGCCAGAUCGGUUCUUAUAUGUGAAGAGCAACAAAUGUUGCAAGAUGACCAACGUGAAGCUUCCUUUACUCACUUGGAUCAUCCAUCUUCCCAAAAUUCCCUCACUAUAGAAGCUCCAAACACCAACAAUAAUUUUUGUGGAGGAUACCGGGAAGGCCGUGGUGGCCGGAAUAAUCAAGGAGGACGAGGUGGGGGUCGGUAUGGUGGUCGACAUAAUUUUAAUAGCAGCAACAAUGGGAAUUUCAAUGGUGGGCAUCGUCAACAGCAACAGCCUGCAAAUGGCGAUUCUCCCUCUUCUAGGCCUUGGGCUUAUGGAUGGUUUCUAGUCCAUCAACCUAAUCAACAGGUCAGCCUCCUCCCAAGCCCACCAGUCGUAUUUCUUCCAAGCCCACCAUCUGUUUCCCUUCAUUUUCAACCUAAUCUUACUGGACUCAAACAACAAUCAGCCCAAUCUGGUGUUGCCCAUCAGCAUCAAUUUUUUGCUUCUCAACAGCCCACUAGUCCUUUCACGAAUCAGCAAGUUUUUCACGCUUAUAUUCCGGCCCAACAACAAAAUAACAAACCCACUACUCUCCUGAAAAUGUUUGAUACUAUGACGUUGAAUGACCCGGGGCAAUCGGAAUGGUAUAUGGAUACCAGCGCAUCCUCACAUCUUCACUCAAACGCAGGUAUACUCAAAACUGUUUUUGAUAAUAAUAGUUAUUCAUUUGUUUUUGUUGGCGACAGAACUUCUAUACCUGUGUAUCCUUUACGUGCCAAAUCUGAUGCCUUUGCAAAAUUUGUGCUUUUUUAUGCUCUUGUUAAAAAACAAUUCCAACGGACAUCAAAACCUUCCAAUGUGACAACGGGGGUGAAUAUAAUAACAAAAAAUUUCAUCAACUAUUUGAUCAAAAUGAAAAAGCUUAAUGUAGAUGGCACUCUUUCUCGAUACAAAUCCCAUCUGGUUGCUAAUGGGCGCAGUCAGAGACCCGGUAUAGACUGUGAUGAGACAUUUAGUCUUGUUGUUAAGCCAUCCACUAUUCGCAUCGUUCUCAAUAUUGUCAUUACUCAUCAGUGGCCUAUUCGACAACUAGAUGUCAAGACUGCUUUUCUUCAUGGGCAUCUUCAUGAGACAGUAUAUAUGCAACAACCCCUAGUUUUCGUGAUUCAUACAGGCCUACUCAUGUGUGAUUCAUCUCUUUUUAUCUAUAGUCAGGUCUCUCAUAAGGCAUAUCUUCUUUUAUAUAUGGAUGACAUUAUUCUCACUGGUACUUCUACUCCACUGUUGGCUCAUAUCACCUCAUUAUUAAGUGUUGAGUUUGCAAUGAAAGACCUUGGAGAUCUUCACUACUUUCUCGGUAUUUCGGCUACUCGAUCUUCUAUAGGUCUAUUUUUGUCUCAACAUAAGUAUGCAACCGAGAUUAUUGAUCGUGCCUCUAUGCUUAAUUGUAAAGCGGCUAGCACCCCGGUAGAUUUGUCUGCCAAAUUUGAUGGAUCGGGCCCUCCUGUUGUGGAUCCUACUUUAUAUCGCAGUUUAGCUGGUGCUCUGCAGUAUCUCACGUUUACCAGACCCGACAUUACUUAUGUUGUUCAACAGAUUUGUUUAUAUAUGCAUGAUCCUCGUGAGUCUCAUUUUACCGCUCUUAAGCGGAUUUUGCGCUAUAUCAAGGGUACUAUUGAUCAUGGUCUUCAAAUGUUCUCAUCUCUGGAUCGUGAUCUCAUUGCCUACUCUGAUGUUGACUGGGCAGGCUGCCCAGUCACCAGGCGAUCCACGUCUGACUAUUGUGUUUUCUUGGGUCACAAUCUUCUGUCUUGGUCUUCUAAACGACAGAACACGACGUCACGUUCGAGUGCCAAAGCUGAAUAUUGUGGUGUCGCUAAUGCAGUUGUUGAGACAUGUUGGAUACAUAACCUUUUGCUUGAGUUUCACUACUCUCCUCACAAGGCCACCAUUUUUUAUUGUGAUAAUGUUAGCGCCGUAUACAUGUUUGCCAAUCUGGUUCCACAUCAAUAA